UCACACCUUGUAUUAUAUGCUGCACAGUACAGGACUGAAAUUUGGCAGACAACGCAAAAAGCACUAAGUCUCUGGGCUCUCAGUACAAAGAACUCAUAGCAGAGAAUUCGUUUCACAGCCAUGGGGAUAUUAGAUGUCUUUCUCCAAUCGUUCAGUUCUGCUUUCUUGUUGGGGGCACUGACAGUUAUCCUCCUUGUCUAUUUCAUCGUCACUCCAAGCUUCAAUUCUCAAAAAAACCAAAAGGGUCCUCCAGGACCCAGACCACUUCCUGUGCUGGGGAACCUGCUGCAACUGGACCUGAAAGGACCUUACAAAACAUUGCUGGAGUUAUCCAAGAAAUAUGGAUCAGUCUUCACGGUCUAUCUGGGACCUAAAAAGGUGGUGGUCCUAGCAGGAUACAAGACAGUGAAGCAGGCACUUGUAGACUAUGAUGAUGUGUUUGGAGACAGAAGCCCAACGAAACUUGCGCAUGAAUUAACCAAAGAGCAUGGAGUUCUGUGGUCCAAUGGUGACUCAUGGAGAGAAAUGAGACGCUUUGCAUUGACUAAACUGAGAGACUUUGGAAUGGGCAAGAGAGCAUGUGAGGACAAAAUAAUUGAGGAAUGUCAACAUCUCAUUGAAGUAUUUAAGAAAUUUAAAGGAGAAGCGUUUGAUACAACCCAAUCAAUUAACUGUGCAGUCUCUAAUAUUAUCUGCUCCAUCGUCUAUGGCAGCAGAUUUGAAUAUAAUGAUCCAGAGUUUACAUCUUUGGUAGAUCGAACAAACAGAUUUGUCAGACUCGGUGGAAGUCCCUCAAUACAGAUGUAUGAAAUGUUUCCAUCAAUCCUGAAGUGGACUGCUGAUAGGAACGAAGGGUUCAAACUGGCUGCUGCCAAUAAAAUGCAAAACCGUGCCUUCUUCCAUCGUUUAAAAGAGACUCUGAACCCACAGAUGUGCAGAGGCUUUGUAGACGCCUUUCUGGUCCGCAAAGAAAAUCUUGAGGAAUCUGGGAUUACCAACAGUCACUUCCAUGAUGAUAACCUUAUGAUGACAGUCAUGAAUCUGUUUGCUGCCGGCACUGAGACAACAUCAACUACACUGAGAUGGGGACUUCUGCUAAUGGCCAAAUAUCCGAAGAUACAGGAUGAGGUCCAGGAGGAGCUGAGGAGGGUCAUAGGAGAUCGACAGGUGCAGGUUGCUGACAGGAAAAACCUUCCCUUCACUGAUGCCGUCAUCCAUGAGAUACAGAGACUGAGCAGCAUCGUCCCCACUGCACUUCCUCACAAAACCACCCGAGACAUCACUUUUCAGGGACACUUUAUUGAGAAGGGAACCACAGUGUUUCCUCUCUUGACAUCUGUCCUGCAUGAUCCAAGUGAGUGGGAGAGGCCUCACAGCUUUUAUCCUGCUCAUUUCUUGGACGAAGACAAAAAGUUUGUCAAGCGAGAUGCCUUCAUUCCAUUUUUCUGCAGGUCGCAGGAUUUGCCUCGGAGAGAGUCUGGCCAGGAUGGAGCUCUUCCUCUUCUUCACCACCCUCCUGCAGCAUUUUCGUUUCACUCCUGCACCUGGAGUUUCAGAGGAUGAAUUGGAUCUGACUCCAGUUGUGAGCAUUACUCUCAGCCCUUCACCUCACAAAUUAUGUGCUGUUUCCCAAAUGUGAGGAGGAGAUGGUCUUUAUAAGCUUUUGUUGUCCUGUGAAAAGGCUCCAGUCAAUUUUUAGCAGAAUAUUUUCUUGUGUCCUUAAUCAUUAUUAGUCCUUUAUUUAUCCAGGUAAAAAAAAUCUCAUUGAGAUUAAAAAUCUAAUUUCCAAGAGAGACCUGGCAUCAUGGCAACAAUUUCAGACUCACUGACAUGAUUUACAAAAUGUUUAGUUCAAUUGUUCCUUUAGUUUCAAGGUGAUUUUAUUAGCCCCAUCUCAUGUAGGUAAAGGUUGCCUGUUGGCUUUAAAGUAGUCUCUGACAAUAAAGACAGAAUAUUUUGAUUACUUAAAAAUGCUACACCACCCAUGUAUCGCUCUCUCGCUUGCUCAUAAAGAUGUAAGAUGUUAAACAUUUUCCUCCACAAUAAAGAUCAAAUGCUGCAUCA